UUGUGCCACUAGUACCAAGAUUUUUCUUCCUAGCGAGGUGCGGUUGAAGACCAAAAGUCUAGCUUUCUCGCUUGAAGAGGGAGUGUGGGAGGGAGAGGGAGAGGGAGAGGGAGAGGGAGAGGGAGCUGUUGCGUCAAAUCUCCUUCGUUUUCGGUAUCCGCUCGACCGGAGCUUGGUGCAGUUCUGAGAAGGAGAGUGGGGUGGGAAUCGGACGACGGCUUAGGGUUUUUUUGAGUUUGAGCUUUUGUUGGUACAUAAUGCAUAUGAUGCGGCGGCUCAAGAGCUUUGCCUCGGGGCGGUCAUCUAUCUCCGAUCUGGGUGGAGAGUCUGGCUUCAGAAAGGAAAAGGCGGAGCAAGAUGUAAUCGGAGGGGAUUUAUCUUCAGAAUUUGACAUGGAAGUAGAUAAAGAUGAAAACACUGAACCAGAGCUUCGAACAGCCUCAACUCAUUUGGAUGCUUCGGCAAGCACAUCUUCUACCAACCCUAUGUCGAAGCCUCAAGAAGCAGAUUUCCAUCAAGUUCCUGCAGAAAUGCUUGAGAUAACCAUGCAAGAUGACAAUGCAGAGAACAAUGUCAAGGAUGCUGAGACCAAGUUGGCUAAAGGAAAAUUAACCGAGACUGGUCAGAUAAUCACAACAACAAUUGGUGGUAGGAAUGGACAGCCAAAGCAGACAAUCUCAUACAUGGCGGAACGCAUUGUUGGCACUGGUUCAUUUGGCGUUGUUUUCCAGGCUAAAUGUCUGGAAACAGGGGAAUCAGUUGCUAUUAAGAAAGUAUUGCAGGAUAAGAGAUAUAAGAACAGGGAACUCCAAAUUAUGCAGAUGCUGAACCAUCCAAAUGUGGUGAAGUUAAAGCAUCACUUCUUUUCAACAACCGAAAGGGAUGAGCUAUACCUGAACCUUGUACUUGAAUUUGUCCCUGAGACUGUUUAUCGUGCUUCAAAGUAUUUUGCCAGGAUGAAACAGCACAUGCCUCUCAUUUAUGUGCAACUUUACACAUACCAGAUAUGUCGGGCUCUUUCGUAUAUUCAUCGCGUUGUGGGCGUGUGCCAUCGGGACAUUAAGCCUCAAAAUCUUUUGGUUCAUCCCGAGACUUACCAAUUAAAAAUUUGUGAUUUUGGCAGUGCCAAGAUGUUGGUUCCAGGGGAGCCUAAUAUAUCUUAUAUUUGCUCGAGAUACUAUAGAGCCCCAGAAUUAAUUUUUGGGGCCAUAGAAUAUACAACAGCAAUUGAUAUGUGGUCAGUAGGUUGCGUUCUUGCUGAACUUCUCUUAGGACAGCCUCUUUUUCCCGGAGAGAGUGGAGUUGAUCAAUUGGUGGAGAUUAUCAAGAUUUUGGGAACCCCAACGCGAGAAGAGAUCAAAUGUAUGAAUCCAAAUUACACGGAGUUUAAGUUUCCUCAAAUCAAAGCUCAUCCUUGGCAUAAGAUUUUUCAAAAACGGAUGCCUCCUGAUGCAGUUGAUCUCGUAUCAAGGCUUCUUCAGUACUCUCCAAAUUUGCGAUAUAAAGCUUUAGAUGCCUGCGCGCAUCACUUUUUCGAUGAUCUACGAAAUCCGAAUACUCUGCUUCCGAAUGGAAGCUCUCUUCCACCUCUAUUCAAUUUCACCCCUCAAGAGCUUGAAGGUGCUUCCCCUGAUCUGAUUCAGCGUCUCAUACCUGAGCAUGCUAUGCGCUAAAUUAAUCAAUAUAAACAGCAAUUGGUUAUUUCUGGGAAUUGGAGAAGAGAACGAUUGUUCUACUUGGGCUUGCUUCUUCAUGAAAUUAGCAUUCUGCACAUUGAAAAAGGAAGAACCAUAAACGAAUGCUGAUCUGAACUGAAGCCUUCCUGGCAACCAUUAUUCAUCAGAAAAUAGGCAUCGUUUGUUUUUUUUUUUUUUUUGGCCGGCCAUCUGAUUUCCAUCUAUUUGUCUUGGCUUAUUACCCCUCUAGAUCAUCUGAAACUUUUUGAGCUGUCAUUGUAAGCUAAAAUGUUGUUGUAAUUGCCGUUCUUUGAUGAUGCACUUCUUUGUAUUCCUGAACUGUAUUAGGGUUAUUAUAAGGAUCAGUAAUAAAUUCAUAUUUUUUUAUAU